CACUUGGGCAGCGAUGGGCGGCCGCGAUGAUGGCGGUCGUGGCAAAGGAAAGGGAGGGCAGCCUCUCGAGCUCGUGAAACCAUGUAUAUGGUUGGGCGGUCUUCCUAAAGACAUCAAACACGACGAGGUGGAAGGAGUGUGCUCCAGAUACGGUGCUAUCGAUGACAUCAACAUCAAGCAUUCCGAGCGAGACACCUUUGUCUUUGUCACCUUCAAACGCCUAGAGUAUGCAGAGGUUGCCAUCAAAGCGCUUGACCAAAGCAGAUCCUUUGGAGCUGGUAUCAUCAAGGCUGCCCCGGCGACUCGCAGAGACAGUGGAAGCGGCAAAGGUGACAAAUCCUGGGGCGACAAAUGGGACGAGGACCGGAGGAGAGAUGACUCGGGACGACACAGAUCCCGUGGCUAUGAUAGCCUGGAUCGUCGGGACGAUGGCCGCUCCGGCCGGGACCGCGGCGACCGCGGCGACCGCGAUGAGCGCGGCCACCGUGGCGCCCGCUCCCGCGACCGGCAAAGCUACGAGCGCCGUGAUGGCCGCGAUGACCGGGAUGGCAGGGACGGACGCGAUGCCCGCGAUGCACGCGAUGGUCGAAGGGAGGAGAGAUAUAGCCGUGACAGGGGCCGCGAGGGCCGAGACGAGCGGCGAUAUGAGGACCGCAACAGAGGCGGCCAUUACUAUGAUGGUAAGGGACGAGAUGGAAAGGGCCGUGAUGAUCGAGAUGGUCGUGAUGGUCGCGAUGGCCGUGAUGGCCGUGAUCGCGAUGGUCGCGACGGUCAUCGCGAUGGCCGUGAUGGCCGUGAUCGCGAUGGCCGCGACGGUCAUCGCGAUGCCCGUGAUGGUCGCGACGGUCAUCGCGAUGGCCGUGAUGGCCGUGAUGGUCGCGACGGUCAUCGCGAUGGCCGUGAUGGCCGUGAUGGCCGCGACGGUCAUCGCGAUGCCCGUGAUGGUCGCGACGGUCAUCGCGAUGGCCGUGAUGGUCGCGACGGUCAUCGCGAUGGCCGUGAUGGUCGCGAUGGCCGUGAUGGUCGCGAUGGUCAUCGGGAUGGCCGUGAUGGCCGCUAUGCCUAUGAGGAUCAACCUCCCCGUGGAUAUUCCAACAGAGAGGGCGAUCGAGACGAUCGAAGACGUCCCCCGGAGGAUGCAAACAGACGGCCGGACACCAGAGAAAGGGCUGGAGGACGAGGCCGAGACGAAAGCACCCGAGGCGACAGUGCCGGGCGUCGAGACGACCGAGGCGAAGCCGCCCGGGAUGCCCGGGAUGCCCGGGAUGCCCGGGAUGCCCGGGAUGCCCGGGAUGCCCGGGAUGCCCGGGAUGCCCGAGACAUGGCUCCGCGUGAGCGGAGAGACCCUGCUCCUGAUCGGGGCCGCAAUAGAGGCCCACCUGGUGAUCAACGCAGAGGUGAUCGAUCUCGUUCCAGAGAUCGAGAGACCAGAGUUCGCAUGAACAUUUCCAAUCUUCCCCAUGAUAUGGAUGAAGCGGAGCUCAAGGAUACCGUGGCCAAUUAUGGCAAGGUCUUGAACUUGCGGCUUUUGGAUGGUCCCCGUGAUGCGCCAAAGCGUGGAUGGGUUGAAUUUGGCAGCCACCGGGAAGCUGAGCGUGCUGUCUCCGAACUCGAUGAAAGGUCGAUGGCAGAAUGGCAUUUGCUGCUCAAGGCUUCCAUUGAUUCUGAGGCACCGGGCAGGUUGAGGCUGCAAAGUAUUGAGAAGAACUCAACUGCUAUUGCAGAUGUAGUUCUCGCGCAUGGAAUGAGCAACUGCAUACCACGCAACGACCAGUACGAUCAAAGUGGUGCUCGGCAACACUACUUCUUUGUGAAGAGCAUCACAAUCGUUACUUCGGCACUACGACUGUGGAUGGUUCUCUACAUCCUCUUAUACUCGAGCGGUAUUGAUGACAGUCGACCAGCAGGCUGUACAAAAAAAGACGCGAAAAGGAAAAGGAUGUCCAGGCAUAGCACUGCGAUUAGCAUGGCAAAAAUGUUCACAGAUGGUCACAACAUGCCUCCAUUCCAUACUGUGAUGGAAGCUGAGACCUUCCAACUGGAUCAAGAGAGCUUCAAGCGGCGCUUGCAGCGUGGCUUUUCAUCGCACCUGGAUUUGAAUUGCCCAACUCGACGGGUUUUCCUUGCCUGUGCCACACGAGCUUUCCGCCAGGCCCAGGCAGCGAGCGGAACAACCACGGAUCGGGUUCACCGCUUGGCAUGGCAUUUGACGGACAAGCAGCAGCUUCCAAGCCGCUCCUCCAAGGAUUACCAGCAGCGGAUUGGAGCCCGUAGCCAGGGAGCUCCACCAGUCAGUGGACGCCAGGCAUCCCAAGCAAGUGGUUCUAGCACCCCUGGAACUGCCACUUCUGGGCGUGCUGGCUCAACUGGUCGUGUUGUAGCUCGCAGUGGCAACGCUGUCCCUCUCGUUGUGCAAACCAGAAGCGUCCUGGAUGGCAAAGGACACAUCCGCUACGGUCGACCAUUGGUGGCAUCCCCUGCAUCUUCAUCGACUUUGAAUGGACCAGCAGGAGGGGCCGCUUCAAGCAGGGAUGCAGCAGAGGAGCUGCAAGCUGUGAGACGAGCAAGAUCUGCAGGGCGGGUUGGUGUAGGCGAUAGCAAGGAUGCCAAAGAUCCAAAGGCAACUUCAGCUCCUAGACGCGACUCGCCACUUCGAAACCUUUCGCCAAAAGGUGUGAAGCCCAGGCGUGCGUCGCCAGUCCGCAAACAAGGACCUCGAGAAGUCAGCCGCUCGCCGGAGCCGCCACGUGCGAGGCCUCCCUCGGCCCGAGAUGUCCAGGCGUCUCCAGGUGGUGAUAGAAAUGAGCAAACGGAUGAUCUCGCUCAGCCGACGUCCUUUGUCCAGUCCUUGGCGAGACUUGCGUUGGUCCUGGAACGUAAUGGCCAAGCUGGAACAGGGGCAGCAGCUGCAGCAACAGCUGUUGCAGCAGUUGUUGCCAAGCAGGGUGAUGAUGGACUUGGUGACAUUCACCAGUACCUCCAAGCUCCAGAUUCAAACCGCAAGCCGCGGGAGGCUGAGCAGCUUCGCAGCACGGAGGAAGCGAUAGGAAUCCGUGCUCGCUGCGCGCGCUUGGAACAUGAGGUGGCAGAGCUGCGCGUGCAACUGUCCAGAAGGUUGGACCAAGCAGCUAUGGAUGUGGCUGCAAGCCGCCAGGCGGCUGAAACUGCUACAGCUCAGGUGGCCGCUUUGAGAGCAGAGCUUGCAGCCAUCAUUGGGAAUGGUGAAGAGGUCAAACCAAAGUUUGCAGCGGAGGACCAGGUCCGCCACUGGCCGCAGCAGCUAAUCUGA